AUGGCGGCACUAGAUCAGAACAACACCAUUGUUUCCAACUCACUAGAGGAUGAUUCUUUCUUUGACUACCUCGAUACUCUAUCUCCUUUAAACACCAAAAAGUAUGUUGGAGUUGGAGCUACUGAGACGUUGAACUCACUUGGUAUGGACAAUCCUCUUUUCACAUCACUCGACGUGACCUUUAACAACGACUCCAUAUUCCUCACGAGGAAUAAUCUUUUGUACACAUCAAAUCCUGAAGUUUCACCUGAAGAAGCUCCUACAGAUUCAACUCAUGCAUGGAUUGACACAAGUCAGCUACAUGAUCCUGAAAUCUCAAGUGAUGACGCUAAGUACCUUCUUGAAUUACUUGGCAAGCAAGAACCAGAUGGUACGGAUGUACAAGAUGAGUCUAUCACAGAUGCAGUUGAAGGUGGAACAUAUAAUCGGGACGGACCAGAUUGUGAUUACAAUAAUUUAAUUAGUACAACACAAUCUGUGACUCUGUUACCACAAUGUACUAGUAAUAGUAAUUAUAAAAUGAAAACUGUUGAUCCACUUGUUUUUGGUUCAAAAUAUGAAAUUGAAGACAAUCCUUCGGAACCAAUAGCCGUCGCAACAGACAGAAAUCAAGCACAGGACAAUCUUGCCAAUGUUGCUUUAAUGGAUAGAAAUCAAAUUAAGAGAGGGGAUGGCGAGCUUGCACGUAUUAGACGCUGUAUACAAAGGAGCUGUCAAGGCUAUGAGUCUGAGAUGACCAGUAUGCAAAGGAACAACUCUGAUGAGAGGAAUGCUAUUAACAAAAACCCUAGUGAUUCACAGAAGUGUGUUUUACAAGGAAAUGGUUUUUACUUGAAUGCACUUCCAGCCUUAAAUCAUUACGAAGGCAUAGAAAAUGAAAAGAUGCCUUCUCAAAGGAAACCUGAAUCACCGAGCUGCACUUAUUCUUUGAAUAUUUCUGUAAGGCAAGGGCAUCAACUAUCUCAAGUCCCUGCACCAAUGGAGACACAUCUGCGGCUAUCUGAGAAUGAAGAUGUCACCAAGUCAUCAGUUCACAUUCCUGGUGAAGAUUUCUGUCAGAGUACUCCCAAAAGGACGAGUGAAGUGCAAUUUAAGGACAUAAAGAACAAAAAGUUAGAUCAAAACAUGAAAAGGACGAUGAAAGUGCAUAGGAAAGACCCAAUUGAUCUAGUUUCUUCUGGUUCAGAACAUGUAAAGGAAGAGGAAAGAGCUGAUUUUUGUCAGAGUAUCCGCAAAAGGAAGAGGAAAGUUAAUUGUGGCUGCUUUGCUGCUGGAGUCUACUGCAUAGGACCUUGCUCAUGUCAAGACUGCUUGAAUAAAGCUAUUAAUGAAGAUAAAGUUCUGCAAGCCCACAGGAUGAUUGAGUAUCGUAAUCCACCUGUGUUUGUUCCUAAAGUUAUAACAAAUUCUGAUUCCUCACCUCAAAUUGUGGAUGACUCCGACAAAGCUCCCGCUUCAAAUCGACGCAGAAUACAAUGCAAGAGCAGGAAAUCAAGCUGCACGAAUAAACGUUGUGAAUGUUUUAAGGGUGGUGUUGGUUGCUCCCCAAGCUGUAAAUGUCAAGGUUGCAAAAAUAUAUAUGAUAGAAAGGAUAGUGAGGCUGAAACAAAAUCUGAGCUUGAAGAAACAGAAGCAUCACAGAUUUCCAGACCAUAG